UAGAGGAGGUGUCCUUCAAGUUGGGCCUGGGGUCAAGCAAGUUCAGUGUGAGCGUGCAGGGAGGCGGGGAGGGGCCUGAGCAGAGCCUGAGGUAUCUCAGCCAGGUCCCACCCAGUUGACCGCUGCAAAGAGCCCCAGCCCCAGCUCCUCCCCCUCUGUCCGGCUUCAAGUCCCCUCCAGCUCUCCCUGUAGGAGGGCUUCUUCCCCAAUGCCCCUCCUCCAGAUGGAUGGGAGGGUGGCUCUCAAAGCCAGGCUCCUCCCGUGAGUCAGGCCGUGACUGGGGCCACCUUGCAGGGUGAUUAACCUCUCUGCCUCAGUUUCCUCAUCUCCGGAGGAAUGUCACUGCUACUUUCCUGGCUCGAGGGGAAGUAACAGAAAACAGCACUGCUGAUUUCAGCCUCAGCCCCACCUACUGCUCAGGCAGUGAGCCAGAACUCCGGCUAGAUAAACAGCAGAACCUCACCCAGAGGAGACUCCCCAGCGGUGGGGGUAGGGGUGUGGAGAGUUUGAGGCUUGCUGAGUUAGGGGAGGAGGGGAGGAAGGGAGGAAGGGGGAAGGCUUGCCCAAUCUAGUGUCGAAAGGCAGGCGUCAGCCGGGCUCUAACCGUGCGCAGAGGAUGGGUCUGGAAUGAGUGUCCCGCUUUGAAACUUGGGGAAACUGAGCCUCACAAAAAUUGGGGACAUCAGUCAGAGAUUAGCAGAACCAGCUACCCCGCCGUCCUCCCCCUGCUCAGACCCAGUGGGGGUGGGGGAGAGGCGAGGGGUAGGAAGUUGGCUGGAAGGGCAGGUCGUGGCUGGCGCCGAGAGAGCGGGUCACGUGGCCGCCGAGGCCGCUGCGUGGGCCGGGCGCUGUCGUCGGUCCCAGUUACCCCCGGGCCCUUUGUCACCCCUCCCACCGACCCGGCGGCCCCUCCCUCGGGUGGCGCAGCGCAGGCGGCUCCCGGCGGCCCUCGCGGGGCACAGGUGAGCGGCUCGCGGGCCCCGCCUCUCCCGCGCUUCCCAGGUGAGCGGGGCUCGGGGUGCGGGUCCGCCUGCCCCGGCUGGUUCUCCCCCGGGGCGGCAGCGCCACUCCCUCCGAAUUCUUCUCGGCCUCCAGGGCCUCUUGGCCGCCGAGUUCCCCUGGGUCCCGCCUCGGCGCGGAAGAGGCGGCGGGCACCGGGUUGGGCGGCGCUGUGACCCGGGCCGGGGAGGCCAGGUCGCGCGGGCCGGUACCACUGGCCGCGAGGGGCAGGGGUCCGGGCGACGGGCCAGCGCGGGUCGAGGGACUCAGGCGGUGCUGCGGCCCCUGGGCUCCGAGGUCAGGUGGUGACUCUUCCUGGGCGGAGGCUGCUCCGGUUGGACUCGCUGCCAACCGCGUUAGGGGUUCCAGGAAGCGGCCCCACCUUGCCCUCCCCACCUGGCUCAGGGCUCAGGAAUGGUGCGCCCCGGAAACUCCACCAGAUCUGCCCUGGCCUGGGGGCGGGGUGCCGGGCGCUUGGUCCCGCCGGGCUGAAGUCCCCGCCACGCAGGGGAAGCCCCACUGCGAGGGCCCACAGCCUUCUGCACCCCUGUGGAGGAGAGGUGCGUGGGGAGUCUGUCGGAAAAAAGGAGUCCGGCUCCAGGGUGAGGAUGGAGGUACCUCGCCUGCACUUCCCACGACUUUCCUGUUUGGGGAUGAGUGAGGGUCCAGCUCUGAUAGUUUCUAGGCCAAUUUCUCAACCUGUGCUCCCACUGGAGGCAGGAGCCCAGGAGGUGUUGACCCAGGCCCUGUCUGGGCCCUGUGGUUCUCCCCACUUUCUGAAUUGAGUUCCCUGGAGGUGAGUGAAGGGAGGCCUGGAGGACCCAGUGGGGUAGAGCCUGCUGGGGUAGAGCCUUAAGAGUCACUUGGGGGUUGGGAGCGUGUUAUCCCCACCCCACUCCCAUGGGGUGAACAGACUGGGGCUGGAGCCCUAGACAAGGCCCCUCUGGUUCCAGUGGUGUCAGCGAUGGUGACACAGAGCUGGACAAAGGGGUCCUGUGUAAGGCCUGGCCCCACUCCCUCCAGCUGGCUGCCCUGGGGUGAUGGAAUGCGAGGGCAUCAGUCUCCUGAGAACAGGAGGACCUUGGAGCCCCUGCCGGGUGGCCUGGAGUGACCUGUUCUUGCUGCUUCCCCCUGGGCCUGGGAGUGUGGGCCCAGUGCUGGUUUCCUGCUAGAGGAAGUGUUUGAGGUCACAGAGCAGCACAGGGAAGGCCUCCCAGUGCCCUGACCUUUCUCCUCAAGUGGGACGUGUCUCAGGGCCAGAACCCUGGGAAUGGAGGGCCUGGGAGGGGCUGUGUCCACAGGCACUCUGCCCUUCCCCAUUUCUCAGGGACUGGUCAACAUCCAGGAAACAGAUGGGGACCUGCAUCUCCCCUUCCUCCCCCUCUUCCCUUCUGCCUAGCACCCUGGGCAGUGGACGGUCUCUCCCCUCAGUCCAUUCUGACAUGGGGCCACUCACCUGACCACACAUUCAACUGUGGUUGGGGGGAAUGGGGGAUCGGGCAGCCUGGGCUAUGAGUGGUACUUCCACAGUCCCCAGGGAAGUGGGUGGUUUGGACGUGUGCCAGGCAUUGAAGGCCAAUUUUGGCUGAAGGCUCCUUGUUUCAGCAGAUGGGCAGCAGGAGGCUCUGGAGUUGGCUUACAGGCUCUGAGCUGCCCUAGGUCUGCAGACUGCCUGGGUGUGGGCUCCAGAUAUGGCCCAGCCACUGUCCUUCCUCCUUGAUGUCCCUGAGACCCCAGGGGACCAGGGGAGCCCAGUCCCUAUGAUGAGAGCGAAGUGCAUGACUCCUUCCACCAGCUCAUCCAGGAGCAGAGCCGGUGGGUGACUGAGGAAGGGCUGGAGCUGCAGCCAAGGGAACAGGGGACCCCAGGCAGUGGCCAUGAGACCUUCCUGGGGCCCGAGAGUGCCCCUGUCCAUAGCAUGGCCACACUGCGCAUCUUGGCCAGCAUGCCCAGUCGUACGAUUGGCCGUAGCCGUGGAGCCAUCAUCUCCCAGUACUACAGCCGCACGAUGAGGCUGCGACGCAGGAGUGGCCGGCCCCUGCUGGGGGACGUGGUGGCACGCUCGGCCCGGCCCAGCCUCCGCCUCUAUGACCUGGAACUGGACCCCAUGGCCCAGGAGGAGGAGGAGAAGCAGAACCUCCUGGUGAAGGAGCUUCAGGGCCUGUCAGCCGCCCAGCGUGACCACAUGCUCCGGGGAAUGCCCUUGGGCCUGGCGGAGAAGCGCAGCCUGCGGGAGAAGAGCCAGACUCCCCAUGGGAAGUGGAAGGGCCAGUCCAGCCGUGUUGGGGUCUUCUCCUGCUGUAGCCGGCUCGGAUAUGCCUGCAUCCUGACCUUGCGCAGCCUGGGGCUCACGCUGCUGUCGGGCCUACACGCCCUGACGCCCUGGCACUACACCCUGAAGCGCAUUGGGGGCCAGUUUGGAUCCAGUGUGCUCUCCUACUUCCUCUUCCUCAAGACCCUGGUGGCCUUCAACGGCCUCCUGCUGCUGCCCCUGCUGGCCUUUGUGGUGGGCGUGCAGGCUGCCUUCCCACCGGACCCCGGCCCUGGUCCCGGCCCUGCCUGCACAGGCCUGGAGCUCCUCACGGGCGUGGGCUGCUUCACCAACACCGUCAUGUACUACGGCUACUACAGUAAUGCCACGGUGAGCCAGCCAUGUGGCCACCCCCGGGAAGGUGGCCAGUGCAGACCCAGGGCAGGUGGCCUGUCCUACCACAUGCCCCUGGCCUACCUCUUCACUCUGGGGGUGGCCUUUUUUGUCACCUGCAUCACCCUGGUGUAUAGCAUGGCCCACGCGUUUGGGGAGAGCUACCGGGUGGGCAGCACCUCUGGCGUCCACGCCCUCACCGUCUUCUGCUCCUGGGACUAUAAGGUGACUCAAAAGCGAGCUGCGCGCCUCCAGCAUGACAACAUCCGUACCCGGCUGAAGGAGCUGCUGGCCGAGUGGCAGCUGCGGCAGGGCCCUCGGAGCCUGUGCUGGAGGCUGCGGCAGGCAGCAGUGCUGGGGCUGGUGUGGCUGCUGUGUCUGGGGACCGCACUGGGCUGUGCUAUGGCUGUCUACACCUUCUCAGAGCUGGUGAUCCAGGGCCCUGUGGCUGCUGGCCAGGAGGUGAUGCUGCUGGCACUGCCCCUGGUGGUCUGCCUCCUCAACUUGACGGCCCCCUACCUGUACCGGUGCCUGGCCACCCUGGAGCCCCACGACUCCCCAGUGCUGGAGGUAUACGUGGCCAUCUGCAGGAACCUCAUCCUUAAGACAGUCAUCAUGGGGGUGCUUUGCUACCACUGGCUGGGCCGCAGGGUAGGUGCCCUGCAGGGCCGCUGCUGGGAGGACUUCGUGGGUCAGGAGCUGUACCGCUUCAUGGUGGUGGACUUCCUCUUUGCGCUGCUGGACACGCUCUUUGGGGAGUUGGUGUGGAGGGUUAUCUCUGAGAAGAAGAUGAGGAGGAGGCGGAAGCCUGAGUUUGACAUCGCCCGGAACGUUCUGGAGCUGAUUUAUGGGCAGACUCUGACCUGGCUGGGGGUCCUCUUCUCGCCCCUCCUCCCGGCUGUGCAGAUGGUCAAGCUAUUGCUCCUCUUCUACAUAAAGAAGACAAGCCUGCUGGCCAACUGCCAGGCACCACGCAGGCCCUGGUUGGCCUCCCACAUGAGCACCGUCUUCCUCUCUCUGCUCUGCUUCCCUUCCUUCCUGGGUGCCGCCGUCUUCCUCUGCUAUGCAGUCUGGCAGGUGAAGCCCUCGAGCCUGUGUGGCCCCUUCCGGAGCCUGGACAGCAUGUACGAGGCGGGCCUGGUGUGGGUGCACCGCCUGGAGGAGGCGGGCCCUGGGCUGUCCUGGCUGCCCUGGGUGCACAGGCACCUGCUGGAGAACACCUUCUUCAUCUUCCUGCUGUCUGCCCUGCUGCUGGCCGUGAUCUACUUCAACAUCCAGGUGGUGAGGGGCCAGCAAAAGGUCAUCGGCCUGCUCAAGGAGCAGAUCAGCCACGAGGGGGAGGACAAAAUCUUCUUAAUCAACAAACUUCACUCCGUCUACGAGAGGAAGGAGCGGAGUAGGUGUGCGGAGCACUUGGGGAAGGAAGAAAGUUGUUAAGUUUGGUGAGGGAGGAGGAAAUGGAAAGAAAAGAGCUGCCUUCGGCUCCCUGUGCCACUCCCCUUGUAAGUCGCAUGGUGCCAGCCGGCGGGGCCUCUUCCCUGUGGAGUCUGUGCCCUGUCACUGGGGCAGAGCCCAGUGUCUGUUCCUCGGCCUUCACAGCGUUCACCUGUUGCCUGUGGUCAGACCUAGGAAGGGAAAAUGAUGGAGACGCAAACUCGUGAUCAAAGGCAUUCUCGUUAUGGGAGGGACUAUCUUUGUGCCACCCUGACAGCAGGAGCUGGGGUGGGUUGAUACCUUCCUCCCACAGGUGGACAAACUUUGUGAACAUCUGCAUACAGAGGCUUGUUUCUUUCCCCUUCUUCAUCACCCCCACCUCCAGGUCUGGGGGUUGCUCAGGCUGAGGCUGGCCCCUCAGGGAGCCUGAGCUAGACCAUUGCUGGCCCCAGGCUAUGGCCACCAGGGCUCUUCCCCUGGGCAGCAGCACCCACAGAGCAGCCAUCUGGUGUAAGACUCACAGAACAAGCUGUGGGGACCCUCAGGCCAGGAUGCUGCCUCAUCCUUCGGGGCUCACGGAGACUCUGCAGGGCGCUGGCCUGGUUUCUCGUGUGAAGGAGGGAUUGGCUUCCCCACGCCCAGCUGCUGUGUGAGGCCCUGAGCUCAUGACAGACCUGGACUGAAAGAAAUGUUGCUUAGAUGCACCAGCUGCCACUGGGUUGCACUGUGUGACAUUUCUGGAACCUGCCUCACUUCAUGAGGUCCAGUACCCCCUCCCCCGACCCCGUGUUAGCAAAUACACCAGCAGUGUGUCCCAUAGCAUCCUCACUCCGGCCUCAGCUCUCUAGAGUUUUUGCAGUGGUUCUCAACCUGUGGGUUGCAACCCCUUUGGGGGUCGCCUAAUAUCAGAUAUUUAUAUUAUGAUUCGUAACAGUAGCAAAAUUACAGUUAUGAAGUAGCAAUAAAAAUGAUUUUAUGGUUGGGGGUCACACAAUAUGAGGAACUGUAUUAAAGGGUCACGGCAUGAGGAAGGUUGAGAACCACUGCUUUAGAGGCUGUUGGGUGUUGACCUGUCUGGCUCUGCCCAGCCUGGUUGGAGGGAUGCCAGUGUUUGUUGGUAUCCUCCUUGAUGCCCCCUUCUGGCAGAGCUGGUAGAACCCAGGAGACCACCCCACCCCACCCUCCCCCGGAUGAAGGGGAAGGAGACGCCUGGUGGGACAGCAGCGGGCCUGGCACGCUCACCUGGCGCCCUGGGUAACUCGCUGCCCCAUGGCACAGGUUACCUUGCAAGGACUCCAGGAUGACAAAGUGUUCUGCUUCCCCUUUGGAAAGCUGUAGCCCACCCAGACUGGAGCUGAAGCAGGGACAGGUGGGCUUGGGUGCCCCAGCGGACCCUGCCCUGCUCUGCCUCUAUUUAUUCUGAUUAAAUAGUUUUUGCAAAAUGGG